UUUGUUGUUUAUUCGCUUUUGACUAUUUUAGAAGUUUACUUCUCACAAUCCGUUAAAAAUUCCGCUCAGGAAAUUGAAAACUUGUGUUUUUGUUGAAAACCAUCUAGUAAUUUGAGAGUUAAAAUUUAAUCAUAAGGAAGAGAAAAGGUUUCUCACUAGGACUUUCCGUGUUUUGGUUUUCCUGGCCUUGUUGUUUAAAUUUCUUCACAAAUAAUAAAUAAUUCAUUGUAAUUGGGCAUUAUUUUGGGACGUCGAGUGGUGGAUCUUGAUUCUGACAGUCUCCCUGGAUUGCGCUUAAUUGUUGCAAGAAUGCCUGUGCGAUAUGUGGGCCCCAACUCAGUCCUGAACGGAAAGUUUUUAUUUGAGAUCUUGCGGAAUCUGAAGAACUUUGGAGUUGGAAGAAUGGUUGUCCGCAGUAGUUACGAACGGUAUCCGGAACCGUGUUACUACAUAGUUCGGGAGGUGAAGCCCGCAAUGGAUCCCGAAGGAAAAAAUGGAGAGAUGAUGGCGGAUGUCGUUUUUCGAGGGCGUGAUUUGGGUUUGCAAAAAGCGCAGUAUUGUGAUCGGCCAGAUUGGCGUUUAAUUCCCAAAGAAGACGAAGAAGCCUACAGGAAAUACGUAAAGCCCACCGUCGCAGAUCUGCCGCCAAAAGCGGUGGUGCCGGCGACGAUGCCGUUACCCCCGCUCUUAAAAAUGAUGCACAUUGACGAGAAACGGAGAUCCGGUAAACCAGUGGGGGAAUUGUCGGUUCCUUUGCUAAUCUUCCGCGAUGCUGUUCGCGUUCCCAUACAAGAAGGUGUUGAAGUGCCGUUGGGAUCUGCUGAAGUCACGACGAAUCAAAGGCCUAACUCAGUGUUGCCGCAAAGCAUCGCUCAUCGGCUGCAUUUAAGCAGUCUUAAAAAAACGAAGAAGUAAACUAUGAAUACAAAAUUUUAUUUCUUCUAAGUUGUUUGCUACUUGUUUUCUCGAAGUGCUGCGUUCCUGGUCGUCAGUCAUUUGCUGAAACCAAAAAAAUAUUGUUUGUGG